AUGGCAGUUGACGAACUCUCCUUUACAGCACGUUACGCUCGUCAACUCAUUCGCGAGAACAUCACCCGCGAACUCCGUACUCUCCGUGAGUCCCACGAUGCAGAGCCACCCGUUGAUCUCCCAGCCAUAGGUGGUAUCUGCUUGAAAGAUCCUUUUUCGGGUGCCGGUCAUCCCCUUGAAGAAGAAACCUAUCUGGAUGACAGUGUCCCUCUGGAUGUCAAAUUCUGUAUUAUUGGCGCUGGUGUAGCUGGGCUGUACAUCGCCAUGAUUCUGAAGGAACUCGGUAUACCAUUUGAUCUCGUGGAGGCCUCGGACCGCGCCGGGGGACGCUUAUACACACAUAGAUUCAGCGAGGCUCCCAAUGACUACUAUGACGCAGGAGCUAUGCGUUGGCCUGCAUUUCCAACGAUGAAAAAAGCACUUGCUCUAUUCGAAGAGUUGAAUGUUCCCUUGAUUCCCUACUACAUGAACGGAAGGAAUACCCCGAUGAUGUUCAACAACAUCUUGGGCCCGCCUUUGAACCUUUCGGAGUACGACCCAUACAAAUUCGGUGUCAAGAAUGGCGGUACGGUCCCAGAUGAGUAUGUGGCCAUUGGAGUACAGAAAAUUCUUCAGCUGGCGUUAGCACCCUACCUUCAGCUUCUGAGGGAAGACUUCGGGCAAGGUUUCAAAAAGCUCAUGGAGGUGGACGACUGCUCAAUCAGAGAAUACUUGCGCACGUAUAUGCAACUUGAUUAUCACACGAGUCAAUGGUUAGAGACAAACAUUGCCCCCAGCGACUUCUUUGACCAAUCUUUUACUGAAUAUGUUAUUCUAAGCUCGGACUUCCACGAUUGGGAGAACUAUGGAUGGAAUUGCAUAGAUGGCGGCUCAUCAGUUGCAGUUUCUGCUAUGCUGGACAGAAUUGCUCCUCAUACACCCGAGUAUCGCACUACGGCCACUCGCAUCGCUUUGAAACGUGCCCAAUCGAAGGUGUCUAAGGUUGAAGUCAAGCUCGUCAGCUCAUUGGGUCAGUCAUCCAUCCGUCAUUAUGACACGGUUUUCAACACCACACCCUUGGGAUGCUCGCAAAACAUGGAUCUUGUUGGUGCCGAGCUGCACCCUGCGCAAAGGGAUGCCUUGCGCUGCUUGCGAUACGAUACAGCUUGCAAAGUUGCGAUAAAGUUCAAGACCCCAUGGUGGAUCACACGGUGCGGCAUCACAGAGGGUGGUGUAGCAAUCGGCGAUAUCCCCAUCCGCGCGUGUUGCUAUCCGUCCCACAGCAUCCAUGAUGACCCGAGGAAGCCCGCUGUGCUCAUCGCCUCCUACACAGUGGGUCAGGAUGCCCAACGUAUAGGGACCCUGAUUAACCGGGACUCACCUUCCGGGGAGUCACGGCUCAUGGAAGUCGUAUUGCAAGACCUUGCACGCUUGCACGCCAGAUCUGGGAUCACCUACGACUUUUUGGCAGCGCAGUAUAUUACACAUCAUGCAUUGGACUGGAGAGAUAAUCCAUUCUCCGGUGGGGCAUUCGCGAUAUUUACGCCGGGGCAGUUCAGUCACCUGUACCCGUACCUCGCGCGUCCUGCUGCUGACGGAAAAUUGCACUUUGCGGGGGAGGCCUCGAGUGCGCAUCACGCAUGGGUUGUGGGUGCGCUCGAGUCGGCGCAGCGAGCCGUCAUACUCUCGUUACUGAGGUUUGGACGGCGGGACUUGGCAAAGAAGGUGGAAGAACGCUGGGGACCUUCGUCUGAGCUAGAGUGGGAAGGACAGGAAAACGCAUAUGUGCAGGCGAUGCUUGGUCGCUUGGAACCAAAACGUAUGGCUACGCUGGAAACCACAGAGAGCUACAGCGACCCAGAUGACCAUCGUGAUGUCAGGGAUGAAAAGUUUAGUGCUUCUGCCGCCAAUGAGCCUGACAGUAGUGACUCGGAUAAGUCAUCCGUACGAUCAGGAGGAUGUUGCAUAGCAUGA